UAUAUUUAUUUUUAAGAUUUAAAAUAUUUUUAUGCAAUAUAUAAAACAGAGUUUAAAAAUAUAUAUUAUUCUGCAUUUAAUUCUACGUGUAAGUAUAUUUCAUAAUUUAUAUCUUCUUUCAUCAUCUCUUACGAAGUUAUUCGUGUAGUUCUUUACAUUAGCGACAUUUUAAAUUAUAUAGAGCAAAUAAUUUGUAUUAAACGCUGAAAUAUGAGGUCAAAGAAACAACAGUCAAUGACAUUCGUCAGCUCAUGCUCAUGUUUCCUUAAAGACAAUAUUAUGAAGCGAUGUCUGAACGUUAUCUGCCUAGCAUCAAAUUUAUGCCAAUGAUUCAGAACGAGAAUAUCAAACGACUAGGUGUAAGAAGACGGCGAACAGAGAGAACGCGGUUCAGGUUUAAUAUCGAUCGAGAUCUCAAACAGGCUGCACUGAUCCGAAAACCUGUUUCUCUGCUGCAGUAUUUACGGUGCUCUUCUGUAAAAACUAUAAUUCAAUGAUAAAACUGUAAUACAAAAAAUAUAUAAUACAUGUAAAACACAGUAUAAAUAUCAUCAUGUACUCACGAGUGAAAUUAUGUGGAAAAAAAGAAAUAAUACUGAAAAUAUGUGCUCGAUCGUGCUCGAUUAAUCCGUGUCACGUUGUUGAUAUUGAACCCAAGCCUUUCGAAAACAUUCCAGGACCAAGGUCCUUACCCAUUAUUGGAACAUUGUAUAAAUAUCUACCUUUCAUUGGUGAAUACAAAUUCACGAAGCUGCACACAAACGGUUUAUUAAAACUAAAGCGUUAUGGACCACUAGUACGUGAGGAAAUAGUACCAGGUCAAUCAGUGGUGUGGAUAUUCCGACCAGAAGAUAUCGCGGAAAUUUUUAAAGCUGAGGCAGGUCUGCAUCCUAAGAGAAGAUCACACUUGGCUCUCCUCAAGUAUCGAAAAGACAGAAGUAACGUCUACAAUACCGGAGGUCUUUUACCCACAAAUGGCACCGAGUGGUGGAGACUACGCCGUGAAUUCCAAAAGGUCCUUAGCAAACCUCGCAACAUUAUUGAUUACCUCGAGGAUACCGACGUAGUUGUCCAGGAGUUCGUGCAAAUCUGCUCACGCGAGAAACCUGGCGAUUUCCUACCUUUAUUGUCACGUCUCUUCCUUGAAUUGACUUGUCUCGUGGCUUUCGAUGUAAAGAUGCGAAGUCUAUCGGAGGAAGAAAAACAUCCGCAUUCUCGAAGUUCAAGGCUAAUCAAGGCAGCACUUAUGACAAACAGUGUGAUUUUGAAAUUAGACAAUGGCCCGAUGUUUUGGCAAUUUUUCGAAACACCGUUAUAUCGAAAAUUACGCAAAGCGCAGAAUUACAUGGAAGAAGUAGCCCUGGAAAUGGUUACUCAGCAAAAUCAAGAUGCAUUGAUACGUCGGAAACAAUCCCUUCUUGGGGAAUAUUUAAAAAAUGAGGCUUUAGAUAUUAAAGAUAUUGUAGGUAUGGCGUGUGAUAUGCUGCUUGCUGGAAUAGAUACUACGACAUACAGCACGUCAUUCGCCUUGUAUCAUCUUGCACAAAAUACAACUAUUCAAGAAAAACUAAGAUCAGAGGCUAUGGCUUUGUUAACGGAUUCUAUGUCCCCGAUAACGCCCGAGACUUUAAAAAAUGCGACUUACACCAAGGCUGUAAUAAAAGAAAGUUUUAGACUAAAUCCUAUUUCCAUAGGAAUAGGUCGUAUCCUACAAACUGACAUAGUUCUAAACGGAUAUCGCGUUCCCGAAGGAACUGUGGUUGUCACACAAAAUCAAGUGAUCUGUCGACUCCCUGAAUAUUUCGACGAACCAAAUUUAUUUAAACCGGAGAGAUGGUUACGCGAUAGUAAUGACAACCGGAGAAAAAAUUCUCUUAAUCCAUAUACUGUAUUGCCUUUUGGCCAUGGCCCGCGAUCAUGCAUUGCAAGACGAUUCGCAGAACAAAAUAUGCAAGUUGUCUUAUUACGAGUACGUAUUUUAAACUUUAAAUACUAUAUAUUAUUAAAAAUAUAUCCUAAUGUACGGUCGCAUAAUGUUUUAAUUCUUUACAGCUCUGCAGAAAUUUGCAAUUUACAUGGUGUGGAGAGUCUCUUGAUUCAAUUUCAUUACUCAUCAACAAACCUGAUGCGCCUAUUAAAUUAAAAUUCGAAAAACUGCAUACAUAGAAAAACCGAGUGAUUGGAAUUACAAGAACAAAGAACUUUCAAAAAAGUUGAGAAAACAACGUUUAUUAUAUAUUCUACUUGAGGACAAAAUUGUAUCUUGUGAUCGAUUCAAUAGAUACGGUAAUAAAAAUAAUUAUAAGAUUAAUGUAUCGUGCUGAUAACUCAUCGAACACAAAAAUUAAAUGCAGAUGCGUUC